AUGGCAUAUCCCGACCCAUUGAAGGUGGUUUCAAGGAAAAUCACCGAGAACAUCGUCCUCAGUUCCAGUGGCUUCAGACGGUUCGAUAAGAUCAACUUUGGCGCUCGUAUGGCCUUGUUCAACUACAACGGCUCAAUUGUGGUAUGGUCAGCGUUGCCGUACGGAGACGGCGUCAAGAAGGCUUUGGAGAUGACUUCAGGCUCAGAGCUGCCUUCGGUGUCGUAUGUCAUUGUUCCAGAUAAGGAACACACGAUGGCUGCAAAGUCGUUUAAGCAGGAGUUCCCUCAGUUGAAGAUCAUCGCCAUGGAAGGUGUAGAUUUGGGCUCUGAAGCGCCUGUGGACCAUGUAAUUACUGAGAAGUACAAGGACGUGUUACUUGACAGCAAAAAACUUCAAGAGAUUGGCAUCAAGGAUCUGGUUAUCUUGGAUAACUUUGAGUUCGUGUAUCUUCCAGAACACACCAAUAAGGAGCUCGUGAUGUACGACAAGAACCUGAAGAGUUUGUUCCAGGCCGACUUAUUCUUCAAUUUACGUUCUGACGACAAGAACGAACAGUUUUCAAAGGACAGUGGGUUCCCAGAAGGCGCCAGUGUAUUCACUGGAUUCUCGUACCCAGCCAAGUACAUGAAUCCAGACAGCAAAGUUGGGCGUUUUCUUAUGAACAAGGCCGCCAACAGCUCAGCAGCAGCCGAAGGCAUCAAGAACAUCUACAAGUGGGAUUUCGACAGGUUAGUGAUGUGCCAUGGUCUGGUGUUUGAGACUGGCGGUAAAGAGGCUUUCCAUAAGGUUUUCGAGAAGGUGCUCAAGAAAUAA